AUGUGCAGGAGAAAAGUCUUCCCAGGAGUGGUGAUGGAAACAGUAGAUGACCUUCAUUCUUGUGGCUCCAUCAUUUGGGAAAAGAAAAUUUUUACAAUCAUUGGCAACUAUCCAGUAAUUAGAGCUAGCCUAAGGAGGAGGGGCUGGGCAGAGAGGAUAUUUGUAAUACCAAAAGAAGUGGAACUCAAAAGUGGAGACAAUGAAGUUGACUCGGACUUGAAUCGCCAGAACAUCAAGAUGUGGGCUACAAAGCAACUAACAAGGAAUGAAAAUAUUAAUCACGUCAAUCGAGCAGGUUAUAUUAAGUUUCCAUUCAGUUGUGGCUUUGACGUUGGGGAAAUAUUGUUGAAUGUCAAAGGGAGGUUGUUGGAAUCUCACUUGUUUGAGAUAAUCAUUGACUGGUCAGUUUUAGAUGACAGGCCUUUGGAGCUUCACAAAGCAGAGGAUCCCUAUUGUAACUUCGGUGGUUUACACAAUGUUCAUCUUUUAGUGUCAAACAUGGUAGCAAAAAAAAUGCCGUACUUCAUCUGGACAGUACGAAGAAAUGUAAUUGACUGCAACUAUUUACACAGUGACCAAAUGAUGAAUCAUUACGGCAGAAAUGCAUCUUUUACAACCAAGGCCAGACUUUGCAUGAAUCUGAGAAAGUUGCCUUCCCAUUUGGAUGAGAGCGCAGACACUUUCUUUCCGCGGUGCUAUCUAUUUUCUGAAAUGGAAGAUGAGCGUACUCUCUGCAAUGACUUCAGGCUUACCGGUGCAAUCAGCAUAUUGAAAUGGGUAAUUUACAAUUCUGCAAAUGCUCCACAAAGUUCAAGCACUGACCAAGGUCAGAUGAAUGCAGAUGAUACUGAAGGACCUAAAGCAACCUUGGUAACAGAAUGUGGAAAGCCCAACAAAACAGCAUGUCAGUUAUCCACCGCACUCAUCGAAACUGCUAUCAAAGUGUGUGAAGAGUUUUUGCAAACUCUGAUGCGUGCUGGAAAAUAUUUUGAAGUGAACAUCUCACCAAUACUCAGCCAAAAGGAUUGGGCAAAUCUAAUUGAACAACAUUACUCCCUCAUUCGCAAUGAAGCUACAAUUCCUGGUUCACAUAAUUAUUUGAUUGAUUGCCAGAACAUUCUGAAUAGACUAAAAUCAGUACGUCCACAGUUGGAAAUUGAUGGUAUCAGAAACAUCUGGAUUGUCAAACCAGCUGCAAAGUCACAGGGUCGAGGAAUAAAAUGUGUAGACAGGCUGGAUAAGUUUCUAAAACUGAAGGACUUUGACCCUUCUUUAGAAAACACCAAGUUGGUUGUGCAGAAGUAUAUUGAGAAGCCUCUUCUGAUUUAUGAUACUAAAUUCGACAUCAGAUUGUGGUUUCUUGUCACAGACUGGAACCCAAUAAACAUUUGGUUCUAUAAGGACUGUUACUUAAGAUUUUCCACACAGCCUUUCACACUGGAAAAUCUAGACAGUUCAGUGCACCUCUGCAACAAUGCCAUUCAGAAGCGAUUAAAGCCCUCUGCCAAUCGUAACCCACUAGUGCCAAAAGAGAGCAUGUGGUCAAGUAAUCAGUUCCAAGACUAUUUAAGAAUUAAAGGCCAUGGGAACAUCUGGCAGGAGACUGUCUACCCUUCCAUGAAAAAGGCUAUCAUUUGUUCUUUGGUGACAGUUCAGGCCAUUGUACAAGCACGCAAAAACAACUUUGCACUAUAUGGUGCUGAUUUCUUGCUGGGAGAAGAUUUUAAACCCUGGCUAAUUGAGAUCAACUUGAGUCCAAGCAUGUCACGUUCUACAUCUGUUACUGCAAUAUUGUGUGCUAAUGUACAGGAAGACACAAUCAAAGUAGUAAUUGACAGAAAAUAUAAUAGCAAGUGUAAUAUUGGACGUUUUGAGUGUCUGUCUAAACAGGUACAGGUUUUGGGAAACAGCUAUUGA